AUGUCAUCUGAACCGAAAACCGCGGAGAUUGUGGCCCCUAUCUUCGACUUUUCCAAAACCCCCAUAGCAGACGACUAUCAAGGGUUCUAUGUUAAAGUACUCGAUGACGUGUUUACUCCCGAGGAAUGUGCAGAGUUCAUUGCUCUGGCAGAGUCGAAGCAACAGUGGAAGCAAGCAGCUGUGCACUACGGCCUUUUGCCCGAUCAAAACUACGUCGAUGUCGAUUAUCGAAACAGUUUGCGGAUAUUGCAUUUCGAUCACGAAGCUGCUGAGCGGAUCUAUCAGAGGUUGCUGCCAUAUGUCCAGGAGCUCGUCAGGAUUGAACCGGGAAGCGAAUGGGAAGGGGUUAUGGGCUACAAAGGAGCAGUGAAAGGAACUUGGGAUCUGGUUGGUGUCAACGAACGUCUCAGCUUUUUGAGAUAUGAAAAAGGACAUUACUUCAGGCCUCACUGUGACGGUCUUCAGAGGCUUCCAGACGGACGAUAUGGCAAGGUCACAUUGCAAAUUUAUCUAGGUGAAGACGGUGUAAAAGGAGGAGCCACGAGGAUCAUAGGCAAGGAUGGAAAAUAUGUUGAUAUUGAGCCGACAAAGGGACGGGUGUUAAUUUUUCAGCACAGGGAUCUGUACCACAGUGGCGAGGACGUCAGUGAAGGUGUCAAGUUCGCAUUAAGGAGCGAUUUCAUGUUUCGCGUCCGAUAUCCAGGCCACGCUGACGAGCGCGGUCAGUAA